AUGGGCAAAAAAAGAAAGAGACCCAUCAAGGAUCGGGGUCCGCCUUCGUCUCACCCGAGUAUCACCAGCUCUCCCCGCCGUUUCAGGAACCCGACCCCAUCCACUGGGAAAAUAAGCCAUCCCGUUAUCUCCCUGUACUACCGACAGGUAGUGACCCUGCGAGAGUACCUCCUAGAGCAACUCCCAGUGACCUCCAAGUCGCGCCGGCGCCGCAUCCUGGCAGGUUCGCGAGCCGACGACCCAGCAUCCCAAACAUCCCAAACACUGGCGCAUCUGCUGGACUCCACUCUAGUGGGUGUGCUGAAGGAGUCCUCACCGACUCUCAACUCCGAACGCCAAAAGGAAUAUCUGUCUUUUACCCAGUCCCAGUCACGGUCUAUUCUCGUGAGCACAGAUACUGGUCCGGCCUGUCCGCAAUCCGAGGUGGUUGAUUUCGUUAUUUGGAAACUGUUCAACCAGAAUGGCUCUUAUUCAAAGCCCCAGCAUUUGCUGGCACAUGGGUUCCAACGCCCGGCUAUGGGGUUAAAUGCCCUUGAAACGAGCAUUCCGGGCAUUGUGUCUCAAUUUCCCAAUCAGAAUGUCCGUAUUCUCAAGGACGGUGCAUGGGCAGAGGUCUUGGACCUGCUUGGUAGUAAUGGAGACGAGAUCAUGAUGCAAUUGUUAUUCGAUUGCGGAGUUUUUGCGGCUAUCAAUGCUCGAAAAGGCAUUUACUACCAGCUAAGUGGGUCACCGCUGUCAAUACUUGAGCCGCUGAAUGAUGGCACAAGCCCCAACGAGCUCGCCAAGACAAAGACAAAAGGACCACCUGUCAGUGCCCGGGAUAUCCCCAAGGAGAAUGGCGACCGCAAACGGGAUUCUGACAAGUCUGUUCGGGGUCCGAACAGCAUCAUCUUUCUGCGCCGGCGUAUACUCUACGGACGAGCCGAGUCCAACGUGAGAACACCAUCUGGGUUAGGAAAGACACAUGUCCUUAACCGCUUCUCGUCGCUUGAAUCAGCAGCGGAGACUUUGCAUGUGCUGAAGUAUGUCUUCCCUCGGCAAUUCGGCCUGCUGAACGCGUUUACGGUCGAUCCAGAUGGCCGCAGCAGCACAGAUGACCUCAAGAGUUUCAUGUUCCGAGAGAAUGAAAUAUCUUCUCUGGAGAAACAGAGAUCUCGGCGGGCCCCCCAAAAUGGGUGCGCAGCAUCAGAUGAAGGCAUUGAACAAAUGAAAGUCCCUAAAAGGCUUCGUGGGAGUGCCAUUGAGCUUAUCCGGAAACUGCGGGCUCGCAAUGCGCGGUGCUCCUACUUGGAGCUGCUGCGAUACUAUUGUCCAACUGAUCAAACCGGUCCGCAGAGGCUUGGCGCCUUCGCCUCGGAUAUCAAGUCGGACACCGGCAAAACCGAGCCUAAUUCAUCUAUUCCAUCAAAUUUUGUAACGCAGGUACCACUUGGCCAGCUAUCGUCAAGUACAACUUCGGCGCCGACACCGUCCGAUGCCACGACGUCAACGAACCACACAGCAGGUGACUGCAGUGGAAUUGAGGCUGAAGAAAACCCGGCGAUUCAGAAAGCCAGAAGCAGUCUGACUGAUUAUGCCACUCCGACAUCUUCGGUUUCCGCAUUCUGUCGGUCCGUGCUCCAGAAAUUGAUACCCCGUCAAUUCUUUGGAGUUGGUCCCAAUGGCAUUCACAACCUACGACUGGUGCUUCAAAACGUCGACCGAUUUAUAAAAUUGCGCCGAUUCGAGAGUCUCAGUCUGCACGAAGUGUGCAAAGGCAUAAAGAUCACAAGCAUUGCUUGGCUGGAGCCACCCCAGGUCCAGACUCCAGCAUCUGAGACAAGAUCGAAGAUGUCUUUGUCCGAUUUGCGCAAGCGCAUGGAGUUACUUCAUGAGCUUAUUUUUUGGAUCUUUGACUCAAUUCUAAUCCCUCUGGUUCGCUCUCACUUCUAUGUCACCGAGUCCCAAACACACAAAAACCGCCUCUUCUAUUUUCGCCAUGAUGUAUGGCAGCAAUUGAUCGAGCAACCUCUUGGAGAUUUAAAGGCUACUAUGUUUGAAGAGCUUGAAGCAAACCGGGCCCAGCGUGUGCUGGCACGGCGACCACUUGGCUUUGGUGCUCUCCGUUUGCUUCCCAAAUCCACAGGUCUCCGGCCCAUCUUGAAUCUUCGCAGGCGAGUCAUGAAAGAGUCGUUUUGGGGCGGAAGGCGGCGCACGUUCCUUGCUCCCAGUAUUAAUUCAAGUAUCACUCCGAUUUACAACAUGUUGAAUUAUGAGCGACAGCAAGCGCCCGCCAAACUGGGAUCGUCCAUGGCGUCUGUGGCAGAGAUGCACCAUCGGUUGAAAACAUUCAAAGAGCAAUUGACCGAUCAAUUUCCUUCAGAAUUCAAGGGUCGGAAAUCCAACAUUCCACCCCUGUACUUCGUUAAGCUUGACAUCCAAGCUUGCUUUGAUACUAUCCCCCAAAAGAAGUUACUCAGUCUGAUAGCAGAGCUGGUCUCUGAAGAGGGCUAUCAUAUCUCCAAACAUGUGGAAUUUCAGCCUCCUGCCCAACAAGGGAAGCCUGCGCGAAAAUACAUAGGUCGUGCUGCCCCUAUGAUGAAACCACAACACUUACCGGACUAUAUCAACAAUGAACCCGCAGGCCGAAAGGCCAACACUGUAUUUGUCGACACGAUAGCUCAGAAAGACUACGAUACCGGAGAUCUUCUGGCGCUCCUUGAUGAGCACGUGCGAUACAAUCUCGUCAAGUUGGGCCAGAAUUACUUCCGCCAGCGCAAUGGCAUCCCCCAAGGCUCUGUCCUUUCCAGCAUCCUCUGCAAUUUCUUCUACGCUGAGCUCGAGCGGGAGGUAUUGGGUUUCAUCAAACCCGAGAACGCCCUGCUCAUGCGACUAGUGGACGACUUCCUACUCAUCACCCUCGAUGCAAAUAUAGCAACACAUUUCCUGGAAGUAAUGAUCCGCGGCCAACCCACCUACGGUGUCCGAGUCAACCCAGCCAAAAGCAUGGCAAACUUCAGCGCAGUAGUCGAUGGCAUCCUGCUACCCAGACUUGAAGGAUCACCUCUAUUCCCAUACCUGGGUAAGCUCAUCGACACGCACACACUAGAAAUCCACCGCGAUCAAGACCGCAUCCUUGAAGGCGGCGAAUCAGCCGCUGUCACUCUCUCCAACGCCCUCACCGUCGAAUCCAGUCGCCUCCCAGGUCGCACCUUCCAGCGCAAAAUGCUCUCCUCUUUCCGCUUGCAAUUGCACCCUAUGUACAUUGACGACGGACACAAUUCCCGCGCAGUCGUACUGGCAAACCUGUACUCGAGCUUCGUAACAUGCGCCAUGAAAAUGUACCGCUACAUGAAAUCGCUCCGCGGCCGUGCACAGCCAGGAUCCCUCGCUGUGAGUCAAACUAUCCAAGCCCUCAUAUUGCAGACACAAGGCAUGAUCCAAGCCCGGCGUGCUGGUAAUUCCGGGUCUUCGUUUUCGUGUUUCGUGCAACAAUCGCAUAUUAUCUACCUGGCAGCAGCAGCUUUUCGGUUUGUUUUGAAGCGCAAACAAACGCGCUAUCGGGAGGUAUUGCGUUGGUUGGAUGAUAAGAUCAAACAGGCUCGGCCUACAUCUGACUCUCAGGCAUUGAGAAUGAUGCAGGUUGUGAAAAAGAGCAAUGAGAAGUUUGAGGAAUGGCGGUUUUAA